AAGGUUAUGAAAACCCUUAUGGAACAAUUAAUACUAAUGCUACUACUAUUAAUGAUAAUGCUAGUUCAACAGUUUCAACUAUGGUAGAAACUAUUUUACCUACAACAACUACAGCUACAACUGUUGUGUAUAAUGAGCAACAACAACAACCAUUAUUAGCUCUUGAUUCAACAAAAAUUGACAAUGAUUAUUAUAAUAAUAAUUAUGAUUCAAGAGGAUUUAAUUCUUCUAUUAAUUCCAGGCAAACUAAUGAAGUUGAUAAUGAUAAAAAAUUAGAUAAAAAAGAGAACAAGUCAGCAUUAGCAGG